AUGGUGAAGCUAGCAUCGGCCCGUGAGAAGCGAAUGUACGGGCCAAGAUUGGCCCGGAACAGAUCAGAGUACAUAAACGCUGGGCUGUAUGUAUUUGCAACGAUCUUGCUUCUGAGUGGUUUUUGUGCACUGUUCUCCAACGAGCCCAAAUCCGGGCUGGUUCUUCUGCUAAUUGGGUGUGUGAUAAUUAUUGGAGUGAAUAUUCAUGAUCUUGUUGCCCAUCUUGCCGUCAUCGAUUUCCGAUUCCCGCUAAUGGAGUACGAUGUACAACUCGGGCUUGUGGAAUUUGGUGUGCCACUGCUUUACACAUUGGGCACUAUUUUGUUUUUCUUGGGUAUUCUUUUUCUUUUCAUCCAGGUGGAGAAAGGUUAUGGUUAUUUUGCUCUUGAAAGACAUGCUUUAAGCUUGCUUAUUGCUGGUCCAGUUCUUUGGCUGCUUGGAUCAGUCGAUAACUCAUGUCAGAUAUACGAGAGAGCAGGUGGACAUGUUCAAAUCUUGCAGGAGAGCGUUCUUAUCCCGUUCUUGAUGGGCAGCAUGUUGUUUCUUAUCGGUGCUAUUUUAAAUAGCCGAGAGCAGAUUGGAUAUGAUCACCAUGGCUUGGAACUCGUGGGUGAGUUUUGGAUAUGGCUAGGUAUAUUUGGAAGCUUGUUACUUUUCAUUGGGGGAUUAACAAAUGUUGUAAAAGUUUUCAAGAUGCAACAAAUUGACGGACUGAGACUAGAGAAACUGCGAGGCGGAGCACAAGAGGUGUUGGUUCAAAUACGAGAAGGUCAGGCCCCCCUCAUUGUUGAAGAGUGGCAGAGGAGGACACCACAGGUUGAGGGUAGCCAAUCUGCUGCUGGUUCGGGACCUUUCAAAGAGACACCUUACAAGGAUGCACUCAUUGGUCAGGCCUGA